UCUCACUCUAAACAUCGCAAGUUUUUAUGAGUAUUUAUUCCUGAAUCUGGUGGAAUUGUUCUAUAUAUACUAUACAGCUAUACUUGUUGAGUGCGUUCAUGUAUUGCAAUUGUUGUCAAUUAAUAAUUUAUUGGUGGAGAUGAGAUUGUUUCACCUGAAUGCUCAGGAAAUGGGAAGGAAAUUUGAGAGUGUGCUAGAUAGAGUACAGAAUGAUGACUUUGGUCUGCGUUUAGCCGUCAGAGAAUUGGUGAUACACCAUCAAACUAUAUUCAGGAAAGUACGAGAAUUGAACAAUGGCUCCAAUUUUCGAAUAUUCUAUGUCAACUCUUACAUAUGCUUGCAAAUUGUGUUUGGCAUUUUCAUCUCCAUUAAAGGUGAAUUAAUAUUAAAAAUCAAAUAUGGUCUAAUGGUGAUCACAAUUGCACUGUGCGAAUUUAUUUUUAGCGAGAACGGCCAGAGGCUACAGGAUGAGGGCGAAGAGCUGAGAUUAGCACUAUACGAGUGCAACUGGAUAGGAAAACCAGCUUGGUUUACAAAAGUCAUUCAGAUUUUGAUGAUACGUAACAAUAAUUUGCCAAAAGUUGGUCUUCUAAACUUGUUUACCCUCAACAGAAAUAAUGUGACAGUGGUGAUCAGAGGUGCCUAUUCUUAUUUUAGUCUACUGAACAAUAUUUCUUCAUGAAAUAAUAUUCAUCUUGAAUGAGAUAUGUCGUAUUGGAACAUGCUGGAGUAUCUUAUUAUUUAUAAUGUCACUAAUUUGUAUAAUGUGUCACGAUUAAAAUUGUAUUAACUGGAUUUUAAUUUAAAAUCGUUUUAAUUCAA